UCAUAAGCCAAGAGUAUUGUUCAUUCUACCCUUUCAACUGCUGCGUCCCCAAUAUUCCAUAUUCUCUAGCCAGUCUUUACAAGACUGCCACCAUCAAAAUGCCGUGUCAAAAGAACCAACGUCCUUCACCCACCGUCCCAUCAAGAGACAUGUCUCCCCUUCCCAACUUCUGGUUCCCAGUCUUUUGGAAGAACCAAUUUCGUAUCACCAUUGAACUUCCUACCACAGAGAGAUAUCCCCAAGUCGAAGGCAGCACAGCUAUCAUCACAGGCUCAAACACGGGUCUUGGAUUCGAAGCUUCUAAGCAGCUCCUCUCCUUAGGUCUGUCUCAUCUCAUAAUGGGUGUUCGAUCUCUUGAAAAGGGGAAAGUCGCAGCUGAGAGUCUUAAAAAGAUUGCUCCCUCUGCUAGGAUUGAUGUCUGGCAACUUGAUAUGCAAUCUUAUGAUUCUAUCCAAGUUUUCGCCAAGAGAUGUGAUACUGAGCUUAACAGGAUUGACUUUGCUAUUCUCAACGCUGGCCUUUCUCCUAGCAAUUUUGAACUUGUGCCUGGCACAGGCCAUGAAGUUGGCGUGCAAGUCAACCAUAUCAGCACUGCUCUUCUCACAAUCCUCCUCAUUCCCAUUCUGAAAUCCAAAACCUCAGAUCACGGCCCCCCUCGCCUCACAACCGUAAACUCUCUCACAGCCCAUCUCUGCAAAUUCCCAAACAAGGAUGAAAGACCCCUCCUUGCAUCCUUCGACGACCCAAAAAUCACACCAUGGAGUUCCCAAGAACGAUACGGUGUAUCAAAACUUCUGAACCAGCUCUUCAUCGUAAAAUUAUGCGAGAUAGUCAACCCUGAUGAAGUUAUCAUCAACAUGGUUGAUCCGGGACUUACGAAAGGUACUAAUCUUGGAGGACAUCAUGAAACUGGUGGUGUUGCUGGAGCACUUGCAGGGGCGUUCUUUGCGAUUUGUGGAAGACCUGUUGAUAGAGGUGCUGCGAGCUAUACUAAUGCUGUUUAUGGGCAUGGGAAAGAAUCACAUGGGUGUUUUUUGAUGAGUUGUGAGAUUGCACCGCUGGCUGGUUGGUUCUAUACGCAUGGCGAUGUCUUGGUAGAGCAAGUUUGGAACGAGACACUGGAGGAGUUGGAUUUUGCAGGCGUCAAAGACAUUAUUUCCGAUAUUUGAAUUCUGACUUACAGGGGACCAGUAAUUGAUUUGAGCCAAACAGUGUAUAAUAGAGAUCCCAGUCCUCCUUACAACCUUUCGUUAGAGUUACAUGCUAUUUUCUUAGACUUCUGAAGGACGUUGCUGCCAAGUAUGAAUACAAAAAUAUUAAA